AUGUCCGACCAAUUCACCCUCCCUCUACGGCCCUUGAUUGAAGAACGCGACCACCAGGAUCUCCUCCCCGUCGAAAUCGCUCAGAUCAGUGCCCAGUGGGGAUCCUUCCGCGAUGUCAACGAGGAGACGCUCCGCGCAAAGAUCGAGGAGGAGAAGAACAAGGAAUACACCAUCGACGAUGAGGAGGGCGAGGGAGCAUCCGUGGACCUGGACACAACAGAGCGCUUAGACCAAUUGUACAAAAAGCGUGCAGAAAUCACCCAGUUUGCCAUGCAGGCACACAUGGAAGCAAUGUUCGCGCUCGACUUCAUCUCACUCCUCCUCUCCAAAUACACCCCGCGUCAGGCCGAAACCUCCAUGUCCGCCUUUCUGAAGCAAGUGGCGCCGCUCGGUUCCCUCACCGCCGAACUCGUCAACCCCCCGCCCAAGUCCGAAGCCGCCGUGCGAGAUGCGAAAGCCGUGUCGCGGGGCUGGCGCCUGCAGAGCUUCAACGCCGCCGCGGACAAACUGCUCAAGUCCGCCGCCCGGCUGGAAACCGAGGUCGCGUCCGAGACGAGAUACUGGAGCGAGGUGUUGGCCGUCAAGGACAAGGGCUGGAAGGUGUGCCGGUUGCCGCGGGAGGGGCAGGCGUUGGGGGUUCAAUAUGGAUUCUUAGAGGCUACCCCGAUUUUCCGCGACCGCGGCCUCGCAGCAUUACGGCGAUCGGAGGACGGUGGAUUGAUACUGGACAAGGGCCUGGUGCCGGCCAAGGCCAAGACGGUGCGUGUGCGCGUGAAGAACCGGGGGGUGGUCACCGGAUGUUCGAAACCGUACCGGUCGGCGGUCCAGGAUUCUGAGUCGAUCGAAGGCCGGAUCCUGCAAGCUCGAGAUACCCUGUAUGAGGAGGAGCUGUUCUACGAGCUGGUGCGAGAGGCCCGGAUUAUGGGGAGCCAAGGGGUCUCCACAGGGCAGAACCUGGUCCAAUUCUCGGUGUCGGAGGAUGAAGAGGUGCUCCUUGACCUGGUUGAUCCCGAUGUAGCAUACGCCGACGACAGCGAGACGAGCCUCGAGCACACGGUCGUGGCCGAUGCGCUGGCCCAUUCCAUUCGCAUUCUCCUCUCCUACGCGCACCGGCAGAAUCGGCGCCGCCGCACGCAGCCGCCGCCCCCGUUGACCCAGAAGCGGCGGCAUGUCCCCGAAUACCUGCUUCUGCGGCCGACCAUGGCGUACCUGCAACACAGCUUUCAUGUCCGGUGGCUCGAGUCGUUCCUGGGAGAUGUGUACGGCGUGCUCCGUGCGGCGGGACUCGAAUCAAAAUUCACCGCGACCCCAUACGCCUCCGUCGACCUCGCGCACAUCGAUCGUUCCGUGCCGACCGUGGAGGGUCUCGUCAAGCAGUUCCUCCUACCGCUCGAGUCGACCUUCUCCGCCGAUCUGAUCACCCCUCAAACCUCAUUCAAUGUGAAGACGCGGACCAACUUGCUGGUCCCGCCCUUUGGCACGCACUUUGAGAUUGCCCUGAACAUGCCGCACUACCCGGACGUCCAGCCGCCGAGUCGCAUCGGGCAGCACGAUCAGGUCGCGAUGAUGGUCACGCAUUUCCUCCUGCUGGAUAUUGUGUCCACCAUCUCGCACGGGCAGGGGCAGCCCGUCAAAUCAGAGACCAAAACCACUCCGCUGUCAUGGGAAGUGACGUACCCGCACCACGGGGAGUUGCUGGCGGUCGCAUCCGACGGCCGACAGAAGAAAAUGAAGGUUCAGCUGUCGCGGAGCGAGUUGAGCGUCCAGAUGUUCGAGACGCAUGGAACCGAUUCAUACAGUCGGUUGGUCGGGGCGGAGGGGGGCAUGUUGCCCUUGCCGUCGCAGUCGCAAACGUGGACGGCGGAUGCUGCUACACCACAUCCGAGCCUGAUGGAGUUUGUGGCAAGUGUAUCGAAGUCGGCAUAG